UUUAAACAAAACCAUUGGAUUUGAUACCGGUUUAAAAAGAGGGCUGUAUGCUGCUCUCCUCCUCCCUUCUCUUGGAACCGAGACCAGAGCAGAAGAACCAUCAACCAGCAUCGGCCCGCCUCUCCCACCACUCGCCUUAGCGCAAAAUCCAACCCCUUCAUUUUUGUUGUUCUCUAUUUUACCUGGAAAAAAGGGGAGGUGUUUUGAUGAGCGAAGAAGAUGGAAAUACAAACUUGUGGGAAGCCCAUAGACUCAUUGUUGGAGAAGGUGCUUUGUAUGAACAUUUUAUCUUCUGAUUAUUUCAAAGAGCUUUACCGGUUGAAGACUUACCAUGAAGUCAUCGACGAAAUCUACAAUCAAGUGGAUCAUGUCGAGCCUUGGAUGACCGGAAAUUGCCGUGGUCCUUCCACCGCCUUUUGCCUUCUCUACAAGUUUUUCACUAUGAAACUCACUGUCAAGCAGAUGCACGGACUCUUGAAGCACACUGAUUCCCCCUACAUAAGAGCGGUUGGAUUCCUCUAUUUGAGGUAUGCUGCAGAUCCGAAGACUCUGUGGAAUUGGUUUGAACCAUAUGUCAAAGACGAAGAGGAAUUCUCUCCUGGAUCCAGUGGACGAAUGACCACAAUGGGUGCAUAUGUGCGUGAUUUGCUUCUUGGACAAUAUUACUUCGACACCCUCUUUCCGCGAAUUCCUGUUCCUGUAAUGCGCCAGGUUACUGCUAAUCUUGAUAAGAUGAAUCUUCCAUCCAAGCAUUCAGGCGUGACAGGAGAUACCACUCGGCAUGGAUCUGAUGAUACUGCUCGACGUCCUCCAUCUGUGAAAGCUGCUCUUUCCGUCUCAUUUGGUCAGCGUGCUCCUCAUCGUGCGUCAACUAGAGAUUCCUCACCUGUUCGUCGCACUCUUCCACCACCUCCUCCUUAUGACAGAUCCAGCACUGAUGAUGUACGAAGCCGACGCAGCCAGAGUCGUGAAUAUUCGGACAGAGAGCAUCAUCGUGACAGGGACAAUGAAAGGGACCGCAAUAGAGACAGAGACAGGGACCGAGAUAGGUACAAGGAGAGGGAGCGUGAUCGUAACAAGGAAAGAGACAGGGAAAGGGAUAGAGAAAGAUACAGAGACAGAGAUAGGGAUAGGGAUAGAGACAGGGUCAGGGACAGAGAACGGGAAGGGGUUAGAGAAUCCAGUUAUGAUUAUGAUCGUAGGUCUAGAUAUGGAGAAAGAGAAGGCCGAAAGGACUAUGAGAAAAGCGACCGUGAUGGUAGCAGACGUUAUCGCAGUCGAAGCCGGAGCCGCAGUCGAAGCCGGAGUAGAAGUCAUAGCUUGCAAGCUGCAGCUGUGCCUUAUUCAAGCCCACAGAGAGAUGCGAGCAAGGAAAGGACAUCAGCAUCUAGCAACCUAGCAAAGCUUAGGAAUAUGUACGGUGAUUUAGGUAGUCAAAAAGGAGAUGAUAGUACAGACAGGGCUACUGGAAGCAGCAAUGGUGGCGAAGAGGUUAUUAGACUUGGUGGUUCUUCUUGGAAGUAAUUGAAAGAAUUUCUACACCAAUUUCUUUUAUCAUUAUGUGUUAUCAUAGUCUUCAUUUAGAAUCAAGAUAGCUAAUGAAUUCUUUCUUGAUUCUCAUUGGCCCCUCAUAUUUUCUCUUCAAAAGUUGUCGAAGAACAAAAAAGAUAAAAAUAGAAAGACAAUGAUAUUUAGGGGAUGAGUGAUGUACCAAAAACAUGUAUACUAGACCUUUUCUAAAUUAUUAUUAUUUUAUAUGAAAACCUCAUAUUUGGACA